AUGGACACUGAACUUGAGGCUUUAGAACUCAAUAACACAUGGAUCCUUACUGAUUUGCCUUUGGAAAAAUCCCUAUUGACUGCAAAUAUGUUUACAAAACCAAGUAUUAUUCCAAUGAAAAGGGUGGACUACCAUGAGACCUUCUCACCAGUUGUGAAGAUAGUUACUGUCAAAACUAUAUUAGCCUUAGCUGUAAUUAAGGGGUGGCAUCUACAACAAUUUGAUGUUAACAAUGUUUUUCUCAAUGGGGAGCUGAAAGAGGAAAUAUACAUGAAAAAGCCACCUGGUUAUUGCAAGGGUAAACCUGGUCAAUCCAAGGCUGAUUACAGCCUCUUCACUUGCAUCACUAAUACCACAUUUACAGCAUUACUAGUCUAUGUAGAUGACAUAGUAGUUGCUAGUAGUUUCCUUGAUUCAAUCUCUGCCCUCAAAAUCGUUUUGAACAACCAAUUCAGAAUUAAAGACCUUGGACCUUUGAGAUAUUUUCUUGGCAUUGAGGUUGCUAGAUCUCCUACUGGUAUUCAUCUUUGUCAAAGAAAAUACACUUUAGAUAUCCUUGCUGAUUCUGGACAAUUGGCUUCUAAGCCCUUAAAGAUUCCAAUGGAUCAAAAUCACAAAUUAAGCAAGUCCACAGGGACUCCUCUAGCUGAUCUCACUCCAUAUAGACAACUAAUUGGACGCUUACUUUACCUCACCAUAACCAGACCAGAUAUAAGCUACUCCACUCAGGUUCUCAGUCAAUUUAUGGACCAUCCUUCCACCUCUCAUCUUGCUGCUGCUCAUAAGGUAUUGAGAUACCUUAAAAAUGCACCUGGUCAAGGGAUACUACUAUCAUCUACAUCUUUAAUCCAGCUGAAGGGCUACUAUGACUCAAAUACCUGCCCUAAUACCCGAAAGUCCAUUACUGGUUAUUGUAUUUUCUUGGGUCAUUCUCUCAUUUCUUGGAGAUCCAAGAAAGAAACAACUGUGUCAAGAUCAUCUGCUGAGGCAGAAUACCGUGCCAUGGCCUCCAUUACCACUGAAUUCACUUGGCUGAGGCACUUAUUUACUGAUCUUUCUAUCCCUCAUCCACAAGCUGCUGAAUUGUUUUGUGACAACCAAGCUGCUUUACAUAUAACAGCUAACCCAGUCUUUCACGAAAGGACAAAACAUAUUGAAGUGGAUUGCCAUUUAAUCAGAGAUAAAAUCAUAGAAGGCAGUAUUCAAACUGCUCAUGUCUCAACAAAUUGA